GAUCACUCCACAUCGACAUCUUUAGACUUGUUUGCAUCAAUUCACAUCUCACUUCCCUAGUUUCCCCCAUAUCCACUCCCACAUCUAUAUAUACACACACACAUAGAGAUAAAGAGUCCCAAAAGCUCUCUUCACAUAACCACCAGAUGGAAACGAUCGGGAAACAAGAUCAAGAUUCGGGUCAUCGCGAUCUUGAACUCGGUCUCACCCUUUUGUCCAAAGAUCCAGCUCGAGGGCCGGGCUCUUUGAAACUCGGUCCGGUCGGUUCUUCUUUAGGGUUGAUCGAGACCUCAGGGCUUCGCCAGUCGAAGACGGAAGAACGAGGCGGUGGGAAUGAUCCGAACGAGAGUGAUCCGAGGGUGUUUUCUUGCAAUUACUGCCAGAGAAAGUUCUACAGCUCUCAAGCACUCGGCGGCCACCAAAACGCUCAUAAACGCGAACGCACGCUCGCCAAACGCGGACACUACAAGAUGGGUCUCUCCUUUUCUUCUUCUUCUUCUUCUCCCUCUUCCUCCGCGUUUGCGUUUGGCCACGCGGCGACCAGAUUCGCGAGCAUGGCCUCACUGCCUUUGCAUCGGUCAACGAACAGGUCAACGCUAGGGAUUCAAGCUCAUUCGACCAUUCACAAGCCGUUCUUCGGACAAACUGCCAAUUACACGGCGAGUUUCUGUCAUGUAUUCAGACAAAACAUUCACCAGAAACCGACGGUCGGAAUGAUCUCGCCGGAGAAAAUUCACGCCGGAGGAGGUACUAGUAGCAUUGCUACGAAGAUUGAGAAUGGUGGACAUUUCAAGAGCAUGCAUGAAGAUCAUCAGUUCAAUAACAUCGACUUGACUCUUAAGCUAUGAUCUUUUUUUUUUAUUCUUCUUUCCACUCUUGUUACAUUUUUUUUUAUAAUCUCGUAGCAGAUUAAAAAAAUCACCCGAUUUUUUUCCUUGGUCUCUUUCUGUUUGGUGAUCGAUUACAUGAUAUGAUUAGAGCUUCACUAAUAGCAGAGUGUAUAUAUAUUUCAAGAUUCAGUCGUGUAAUUCAAGAUCCGAGGGUUUGAUGUAAAUAUACCAAAUAAUUUCAAGUUAUUUC